AUGCGCGAUCCUGCAUUGCGCAAGCUAAUUGAUAGUUACCCUUCAAAAGAGCAGGAAGAUAUUGUCAAUGCAUAUAUUCAUUACGGUCCUUAUCGGUUUCCUCUCUCUGAGUAUCCUCCUUCUGGUCCAAUAAAUCAUCCACGGCGAUUCCAACAUGCGUGGUUUAAGAAAUUUAAUUGGCUAAGAUACUCCCCUACAAGUGAUGCUGCUUAUUGUUUUCCAUGCUUCCUUUAUUUGAAGGACCCACUGGGGAAAUCAGGCUCUGAUGCUUUUACAGUACAGGGAUUUAAAAAUUGGAAGAAGGUUGGGGUAAAGAAUGCUCUUUGUCAACUCAUAUGGGGAAAGAUACCAAUUCAGCUCAUGGAUAUUCAGUUUUAUGUUGGGAAAAUGCAAAGAAAAUUGAUACUCAUAUUGACAAGAGGACAUGAUGAAAGUUCAAAGUCAAAAAAUCAGGGGAGUUUUUUAGAUAUGUUAAAACUCUUAGCUUAUUAUAAUAAGGAUGUACAUGAUGUUGUGAUGGGUAAUGCUCCUCAAAAUGCUAAAUAUACAUCUCCUGCUAUUCAAAAAGAGAUUUUAGAAGUCUUUGCUUACAAGGUGCAAAAAACAAUUCGUGAGGAGAUUGGUGAUUCAAAGUUCUGUAUAAUCGUUGAUGAAUCUCGAGAUAUAUCUAAAAGAGAACAAAUGAGCGAUUUUUUUGAGCUAGUACAUGUUAAAGAUACAACCUCCAAGACUUUGAAGGAAGAAAUUUGUAUAGUAUUACCAAAUCACGAGUUGAGCAUUCAAAAUCUUAGAGGUCAAGGUUAUGAUGGUGCUAGCAAUAUGCGGGGAGAAUGGAAUGGUUUACAAGCUUUGUUCAUGAGAGAUUGUCCUUAUGCGUAUUAUGUACAUUGUCUAGCACAUCAAUUACAAUUGGCUCUUAUUGCUGCCGCUAGAGAAGUAGGUGAGGUCCAUGAUUUUUUCAAAGAUUUGAUUUUUAUUGUUAACACUGUAAGCUCUUUUACUAAGCGUCAUGAUGAAUUGCAAGCUAGUCAAAUUGCUGAAUUGGAGCAUUUAAUUAAGAUUGAGGAGGUUGACACGAGGAAAGGGUUGAAUCAAAUUGGUACUCUCCAACGUCCUGGAGAUACUAGGUGGAUCUCCCAUUUAAAGUCAAUUUGUAGUUUGUUAAGAAUGUUCAACGCAACUCGCUCAGUCCUUGAGAAAAUAGCCAUUGAUAGCCAACAAUCAUAUGCUCAACGCGGGGAUGCUAAAUCUGCUCUUAAAAAGUUGUUGUCAUUUGAUUUUGUGUUUAUUUUACAUUUGAUGGAAGAUAUUAUGGGGUAUACAGAUGGACUUUGUCGAGCUUUGCAACACAAAUCACAAGACAUUUUAAAUGCUAUGCAUUUAGUUGUUGGUACAAAGUCCUUGAUUCAAAAGCUUAGAGAUGAUGGUUGGGAAUGUCUAUUACAAAAAGUUCAUUCUUUUUGCAAUAAACAUGGUACUGAAAUAAUAGAUAUGCAGGUUUCUUAUGCCGAAAUAAUUCGAUCACGGCGCAACAAAGACACUAUAACAAUGGAGCAUCAUUAUAGGGUCAAUGUAUUUUCUACAACCAUAGAUCAACAGUUGCAAGAGCUAAAUAGUCGUUUCAGUGAGAAAACGACAGAGUUACUUACUUUAAGUGCAUCUUUGAGUCCUAUUGAUGGAUACAAGCACUUUGAUGUGGAAAAUAUUUGUCGUCUUGCAGAGAAAUACUAUCCCCGGGACUUUUCAGAGUAUGAGAUAUCACAUUUGAAGUAUCAACUUGAACUCUUUUAUUGUGAUGUUCCUAAGCAUCCUGAUAUGAAGAACUUGACUACCAUAUCUGCUUUGUGUAGAAGCUUGGUGGAGAAUGGGAAAUCAAAUGUCUAUCCUUUAGUAGAUAGAUUGAUUCGACUUAUUUUGACCCUUCCUGUUAGCAAUACAACUUCAGAGAGAGCUUUCUCAGCAAUGAAAAUUGUGAAGACUAGUCUUCGAAACAUGAUGGAAGAUGAUUUUAUUUCGGAUUACUUGCUAGUGUAUAUAGAGAAAGAGAUUGCUGGAAAGUUCGAAAUUAAGUCAAUCAUAGAUGACUUUUAUUCUAUGAAACCUCGGAGAACUCGAGUUAAAUGA